UUGGAACCGCCCGAGGAAGGAUGGAUGGAUCUCGACAAUCACCCGACGACGACGGAUGAAAUUCGUUCGUUGAUGAGCGAUCUUGGUGUUUUAGGAAAGGCUGACUUCAAGCUCUUGCUUCGUUGGCGCAUGACGAUUCGUAAGCAAGCGGGACUCGAAAAGAAGAAGCACGCUCGCAAAGGCGGCAAACGCGGCGAAGACGACGACGAGGAUUCCUCCGACGAGUCAUCCGGCGAAGAAGAAGAAGCUGGCGAUAGCGAUGACGAAAACGCCGGCGAUGAAAAGGAUCAACUCUUGGACGAGAUGAGCGAGUUGAAAAACUCGAUGGAUGCCCAAGCCAGACGAGACAAGAAGAAGAGGGCUAAAAUCAAAGCCAAGGAGCGUCUUCGCGUCGCGAGAGGGUUGGCGAGCAGCGGCGAGGCGAUCGUGGAGCAAGAGAUGGAUUUGUUCUCGCUCGCGCGCAUCAAAACCAAAGGUGCGCUCGACGUCGUCUCCAAGGCGCCGACGCCGGGCAUCGACGCCGCGCGCGAUAGCGACGAGGAGCCAGAGGACGACUCGGACGCCGAUUCCGACACCGAAGAGGACGAGCGAAGAUUAGAUAAAGAAGUCGAUGACAUGUGGGACAUGUACAAGGCGCGUCGACAGAAAAAGGGUGAAAAGUUCACCGAGGCUAGCAAGGGUAGAGAUAGGCGCACUGAACUCGGCGCGGGGGAGUUGGACGACGAAGACUCAAGCGACGAAGACGGAGACGACGACGACGCGAGCGACCCCGCGGACGACGAAUUCAAGUCGGACAGCGACGAGCUCGAGUGGGACGACGCAGACGAGGACGAGGACGCGCCUAAAGGUAAAAAGUCCAAGUCGAAGAAAGAUGCAAACCCGCUCGUCGUCGAUCUCGGCACUAAGCAAAAGAAAAACGCCGUCAAGGCUGCGGACAUGUGGUUCUCGAACGACUUGUUUGCGAGCGGAAAGAAGGCCAAGGCCGCGCCCGCGGAAGCUUUAGACAGCGAUGAAGACGAGGAGGAAGUUCCAGUCAAAUCGAGCAAGAAGGAGAAAAAGAAGAAAAAACAAGCGACCGAAGACGAAGAGGAAAAUUUCGAUGAUCUCAGAGCCAAGGCAAAGGAAAAGAAAGCCAAGUCGGAGGCGAAGACGAAGGGAUCGGGUCGCGGCGGAAAGGGCGCCGCGCGCGACGACACGUACGACGACGAAUCCGAUGAAGACACCACGCGGCAAAAGAGACGCAAAGCCGUCGAUGGUGGCGAUUUCGAAGUCGUCACUGCCGAGGCGGAACCGCCUACAGAUAGCGACUCCGACGCGGAGGGCUACGGGUACGAUUCCGAAGUCGACGAGCUCUCCGACGACACUCGGGCGCGAAUCUUAGCUUUAGGGAAGAAGAUGAUUCGCAAGAAGGACCGCGAAGAACUCAUCGAAGACGCGUACAACCGCUACGCCUUCGAUGACGACGACGUGCCCGACUGGUUCGCUGAAGACGAGCGUCGCUUUAUGAAGCCGAUUCCGCAGUACACCGCCGCUGAGCUCGCCGAGGCCAAGGCGCAGCUCGCCGCGGUGAACACGCGCCCGAUCAAGAAAGUCGCCGAAGCGAAAUGGCGUAAGAAGAAACGCGCGGAGGCGAAGAUUUCUCAAGCCCGAGUACGCGCCUCCGCCAUCAUCGAGCAAGACGACGUUCCCGACGUCAGCAAAGCCAAGGAAAUCGAGCGCGUCUUCGCCAAGGCGCGCCGAGCGACAAGCGGCGCGAUCAAAAAGCCUCGGAAAGUCGUCGUCGCUCGCAAGUAUCAUCGCGGCAACGCCGGCGGCCCGAGCGUCGACAAGCGUCAGCUCGCCGACGCACGCGGCGAACGCGCUUCCGCCAAGCGCGCCGGCAAGGGCGGCCGCGGCGGCAAAGGCGGCCGCGGCGGUCGCGGUCGCGGCAAGCGAUGA